CUCCAAACCUAAAACCCCAAAACCCCUGUGAUAUUUCCUGAGACCCCUAUAAAAGGAGUAGAUAUUUCUGCUCCCAAACCCUCAGUUUAAGCGUUUCAAAGCUUAAACCCUAGCCGUCCCAAAACCUUUCUCUUUCUCUCUCCUCAGUUUAUUUUUCAGAUUGUUGGUGGAAAUGGCGUUUUAUAACAGAAUUGGCAGCAUGCUUAAUCAGAGCAUCUUACAACAUUCUGGCUCUUCUAUGACGAAUGCUAUUCGAUGCAUGUCUACGAAGCUCUUUGUUGGAGGUCUUUCGUUCGGAACUGAUGACGGCUCAUUGAGGGAUGCAUUUGCCAGUUUUGGUGAAGUUAUUGAUGCAAGAGUCAUCACUGACAGAGAGACCGGAAGGUCCAGGGGAUUUGGGUUUGUUAACUUUGCAGACGACGAAGCUGCAACCACUGCAAUGUCUUCCAUGGAUGGCCAGGAUCUGAAUGGACGUGCAAUUCGUGUCAGUGUUGCAAAUGACAGGCCGCCAGCUCCCCGAGGUGGUGGUUAUGGUGGAGGAGGUUUUAGCGGUGGAGGAGGUUAUAACGGAUCCAGAUCCAAUGACGGUUACUAAUCUAAGUGAUUCUGCAUUUGUUCACCGAUCAAGUGGCUGUAGGAUGAAUGGGGGAUUUAGGCUCUCUUAUUUGCUUCUAUUUUGAUAGUGAAACGCGUUUCAUGUUCGCAAAUGGGGUAUAAAAUGCGAAACCACUGUAUGAUUCACCUUUGCUGCAGCAAUUCUACAUGUUCAUCUUGACGAGUUUAAACUGUAGAAUGUGGUUUAGGAUUUUAUCUGGUAGCCUAAUGAUGUUAUUGAAUUUUCUACACCGUAUUAAUAUCUUUUUGUCUUUUCAUAUUA